AUGUACGACGAGUACGAGGCUCAGUUCCUGCACAAGGCCUGGCAGAUCCUCCAGGACAUCUCAGACCAGCUCGCGCACAACAACCAGUUCGCCGGCUCUCUCCGCCAGCAUGCCGAGCGUCUCAAGGGCGACGCCACUCAGUUCGCCCAGGGCUUCCCGUUAAGGCGAUACAAUGUCGACCUUACCAAAGAAACCUUCGAAUCCGACCUCGAGCGCGCGUCCGCUCAGUUGAUCGUCGAAAACCACGGUCUGAGCCACGAGAACGCCCAACUCGGGCAUUUACUCAAAGAGUUCGAGCACACGCUGGAAACCGUCAUGCAGAAGUUCCGUGCACACACUCAGGCCGCAACUAUACAUGAGCAGGCCUUGUUACAAUAUUAUGAGCGGCGUCUCGAGUUGGCGGCAGCGGCAGCAUCCCCGCAACCCGCAUUACCGCAUCCUGCGCAUAUUGCCCGCCUCGCCCGUACUAUUCGGACCACUUUAGCUGCUAUCGAUGGCAAAGAACCCGACGAGCUACCCGAUGAGAGGAUAGACUCUGGCAUCGAGAUGCCGGCGAUCGUGAUUGACACAGGCGUUACUGGCUAUCCGCCAAAUCCCUACCCGUCUACGGCUAUCCCCAUAGAUAUCUCCCCCGCAUCACCGGCCCCGCCAGCCUUCGUACCUUCGCACUCGCCCAUACCACCGCACGCUCUCCCAUCGUACUCCCCCGCACUGGCCUCUUCCAGACCUGCGCCUGCACGUGCACCUCGACCAAAACCUGAGCCCGCGCGACAAGAGGAACAGGACGAGGAAGAUGAUGAGGCAGAAGAGUCCGACGAUGCCGACGCCGACCCAUUGCCCUGGCAUCUCGCCCGCGAGGCCGAAAUCACGCGGCUACGCGAGGAGAAUGCGCGUCUUCGUUCGCUUCUCAAGAUCGACGAGACUUCGCUCUCAGAAGCUGGGAUCCCCGACCCUGCCCCGCCACCGUUACAUCGUUACGGUGGCUCGCUUUCCGGCGGAUUGGUAGUUGCUGCGCCCUGGGCGAACGGAGCUGGAGGUGAUCCAUGGGGCUCUGACGGUGGGAACAUGAUGGGAGGAGGGAUGGGCAUGGUUCGACCGGCGCAACCGCAAAGCAUACCGCUUACUCAGAUGCAAGCGAUGUUGGCGCACCAGGCUCAGCUGCAGGCACAUCGGGCUGCAGACUUUCAGGCGCAGCAAAUGGCCCAGGCGAACCAAUUUCAUCAGCAAUUGCAGGUUCAGGGUUUCCCACAGAACCAGCAAGCUGCGCAAGGACAAUAUGGACCAGGGAAUGGGCAGGGACAAGGACAGGGAUUCUUGCGCGCUGGCUCGUUUGGAGCGGGUAGAGGCACGAACGCGAGGAGGGGUUGGAUGGGUUGA